UCACAAAUAAAGAAGACGCGUGAAAUCACGCGCGUUCGUGCCGUGCCCUGGACGCGCAAGGCGAAAGAAGAAAAUAAAGAUUCGCUCUUCGAGGUCCGCCUCACUGGGAACGCGCCCGCAGCCUUUCUUCGGAAGCGUCGCCGAGGGGCCGGGUGGUGGUGCGCAGAGAUGGCGGACAAGAAUGGCGCAGUGCGUCGCUACGUGCGCACGGGCUGCGGCCCGGGUCUGGCCGUGGCGGCGCUGGUCACCACCGUGCUGGCCGCCUGGUUCCGCCUGGCGCCUCGCGCUGCCGGCCGGCAGCUGGACGCCGACGCUGGCCUGCCCGCCUGGUGGCCGGGGGCCGCCGAACUGGCCGUCGUGCGCAGGCCCGGCCCCCUGGCGCACACGUCUGUGCUGCGCGAGGACACGCUGGCGUUCCUCCGAGCGCGGCACCGGACGUCGGCGCAGGUCUACAACAACCGUCUGCCCCGCGCCCUGUUGCCCGAGCACUACGACAUCGAGAUGCGGCCCCGCUUCGCGGCCGAGGAGCCGCCGACGACGGAAGGCUCGGCGGGCGCGGACGACGACACCUUCACGGCCACCGUGGCCGUGCGUGUACGAUGCGUGCAGAACACCAGCACUGUGGUCAUGCACACCGGCAAGUUCAACUACACCGCGGCCUCGGCUGGCGCCGGACCAGCAGUGCAGGUAUGGGACGCGUCCAGCCCUCUCAGUCAGGUGGCGGUCACUGGCAUCGAGAAAGGCGCUGACAGUGGUCUGCUUGUCAUCUCGCUGGCCUCCAGUCUCGAGGCUGGCAAGAAGUACGUCGUGCACAUUCAGUUCAGCGGACGCCUGGGUGACACCAGAGGGUUCUACAAGUACCACUACACCUCGGCCGACAGGAAGCAGCACCUCUUGGUGACAUUCUUCGAGCCGACGUUCGCCCGUGAGGCGUUCCCGUGCUUCGACGAGCCGGACAUGAAGGCGACUUUUUCCGUGGUGGUGGUCAGGCCCGAGGCAUACCACUCCAUAUCCACUAUGCCCCUGGUGCGCUCCGAGGGCAGAACGGGCGGAUACGUGGCUGAUCACUUUAUGACGAGCAUCAAGAUGUCAACCUACACACUCGCCUUCAUGAUCAGCAACUACACUGCCACUAGAAAUGGAAAGGUGUCCGUCUGGACGCGUCCCGAGGAAGCGGACCAGGCCAGCUACGCUGCUGAGGUAGCACCCCUGAUGAUUGACUACUUUGAGCGGCUCCUGGACGUGCCUUACGUUCUGCCCAAAAUUGACCUGGCGGCGCUUCCGUCGUUCCUGGUGGACGCCAUGGAAAAUUGGGGACUGCUCACGUUCCAUAAGAACAGUCUACUCUUCAGCGACACCAAGGACGCCGCCACACACAAGGUGGUCAUCGCCACGGUUAUCUCGCACGAACUGGCACACCAGUGGUUCGGCAACUUGGUGACCAUGCGAUGGUGGAACGACGUGUGGCUGAACGAGGGUUUCGCGUCCUACAUGCAGUACCUGGGGGUCGACGCCGUCCACCCCGAGUGGAACAUCCUGAACCAGUUCACCGUGACCGACAUGAUGCCCAUCAUGAAGGCAGAGUACAACACCGAGAGCCAUCCUCUGUCCGUGGACGGAAACUUCUCGACCGAACUGGACAGCCUGUUCGACCGAAUCGUCUACAACAAGGGUCCUUCCAUUGUGCGAAUGAUGUCAUACUUCCUCUCACCUCCAGUGUUCCUCAAGGGCCUCAGGGCUUACCUUAAGAAGUACAGCUUCGGCAACGCGGAUCAGGACCAACUCUUCGAAGAGCUCACUAAGGCGCAGCCCGAAGGUGGUCCCCACGGCCGAGUGGACGUCAAGGAAGUGAUGGACACGUGGACGAGGCAGCCGGGCUACCCAGUGGUGGACGUCAUCCGCGACUAUGAGGCGCGCAGAGCCUCUCUCACUCAGCGGCACCACUGCGUACGGGCAGACCAGUCAAGAUUGUGGAUCAUUCCCAUUACGUAUACGGACGCUGAACACAAGAAUUUCACGAACACGGAACACGUGAUGUGGAUGAAAACUAAGAAAGCCACGCUGCAGAACCUUCCAGAGAAGAACGAGUGGAUCAUUCUGAACCUGCAAUCGGCUGGCUACUACAAGGUCAACUAUGACGUGGACAACUGGGCCCUUCUUCGCAGACAGCUGCUCAUUGCUCCCGAGGCCAUCCCCGUGCUCAACCGUGCCCAGCUGAUUCAAGAUGCGAACGACCUGGCUCACUCGGGAGACUUGAGCUACGCGGUGGCCAUGGACAUUCUCGACUACGUGCGCCGGGAGACGGCGUACGCGCCGCUCAAAGCGUCGCUAAACGCGGUCGAGGUGCUCGACGCCCGGUUGCGGGCUACCGACUUCUACGCCAAGUGGCAGACUUACAUGAACGGGCUGUUGAAAUUCCACUUCGAUCGGUUGCUCUGGGAAGGCCAAGCAAAUGAAAGCAUGCUGGAAAAGAUGAUCCGGAAAGACGUUGUCUUCUGGUCCUGCCAAUACAACUAUCAACCUUGCAUCGAGAAGUGCCUGCGCAACUUCAAAACCUUCAUGAACAGCCCGGUUCUCUUGAAAGAUGCUCUGAGGCGCGACCUGACUGGCACGUUGGUGACGCUGUGUCAUGGCAUUCGGCUGGGCGACAACACCGACUGGCGCUUCCUGGCCGACCACAUCCGCGACGCCAGCAGCGUGGAAGAGGCCCACGUCAUCGUGAGCGCCCUGGGAUGCACUGGCGAGACCAAGAACCUGCUCAGCUUGCUGUCCUUCUCUAUGCGCAACAUGACGACCCUGAAUAAAAACGUGGAAAACUCUCUGGGGUACUUCUUCGAGAGUGCAUCCUACUCGAACAAGGGCAGCGACCUCACCCUCAAGUUCUUCAUUGAAAACUGGAAGACGCUGCUGGACAAGUAUGGCCAGAGCCCAUCACUAAAGGACACCAUCUGGUUUUCGAUUCAAGGCAUUCGCAAGAGCGAGGACCUGAAACAGAUGGAGCACUUUUUCACGACCAACGUGGAGAGCAAGAAGACGGCCAAGAAGUUGACGCGCACUUUCCAGACGGCGCUUGAAUUGGCCAGGGCCAACAUCAACUGGGUGCGCAAAAACGCGCGGGUCAUCGAGAACUGGCUCGACAACAGGCUUGCCUACAUGGACGACGAGGGAGGCAAAGCCCGACCCGGCGCCUGAAGGCUGCUGCUGUCGCGGCAUUCGGUGUAGCUGUGUUGGCCUCUGGCGGAAAGAAUAAAGGCCACGCAUCCGUGAAAAUUACCGGCGCCGCGAAUCAAGCUUCGCCUUUAUGGGACUCAAAGAUUA